AUGACCGAAGUUCUCAAAGUAGAAGAUCUGCGGGUAGAAUUUGAAACCACCAAUGGGCAAGUGAAGGCACUUAACGGGGUGACUUUUUCGCAAGAAGAAGGUCAGGUCUAUUGCGUUGUGGGUGAAAGCGGGGCGGGGAAGAGCACCCUGGCCCUGGCAAUCAUGGGGCUGCUGCCAAGCUCAGCCACUUUGGUGGAGGGCAGUGUUUUUUUCAACGGCAUUGACUUGAUGCGGGCAAGUCCCGAAUACAUGCGAAGUAUCCGUGGGAAAGAAAUAACCAUGGUGUUUCAGGACGCACAGACGGCGCUGAAUCCGGUGCAGACUGUGGGGAGCCAAUUGGAAGAGGUGAUCCUGAACCACACCAACAUGUCUGCCCGAGAGGCGAGCCGAUUGGGUCAGGAAGUGCUGCGGGAAUUGGGCCUGCCCGACCCGCGCCGGAUACUGGGAGAGUACCCCUUUAACCUCAGCGGCGGCAUGUGCCAGCGAGUUAUGAUCGCCAUAGCCCUGGUAUUGCAGCCCAAGUUGCUCAUCGCCGAUGAGGCCACAUCUGGUCUGGAUGUCACGUUGCAGGCAGAGAUACUUGAACGCCUGAAGCGCCUGUGCCGCGACCUGAACUCGGCCAUAUUGCUGAUUACCCAUGACCUUGGCAUAGUCGCCCACAUGGGCAACCGGGUGGGGGUAAUGUACGCCGGGAAGAUGGCGGAAACCGCCGAUGUCAUUCCUCUCUUUAAGGAACCCCGACACCCUUAUACCUGGUCCCUUAUUCAGUCGCUGCCUCGCUUGGACGACGUCGGUCGCAGGUUGCAACCCUUGAGUGGCAGCCCCCCAGACAUGCUCCAACUUCCAGAAGAAUGCGCCUUCCUGCCCCGGUGUCACAAGGCCUUGAGUCGGUGCCGAGUCGAUCCUAGCCCACCUCUCAGCGAGGUCGACGAAAGGCACCAUGUGGCCUGUUAUAAUCCCAUGCUACCCUGA